AUGUUUGAGGCAAUGAUAAAAGCUUCAAAAGGUGAUGAUGUUUAUGGUGAAGAUGAAUCAACCAAUGACUUGGAGUCUUAUGUGGCAAAACUAACAGGACAUGAAGCUGCUUUAUUUACAGUAUCCGGAACGAUGGCAAAUCAAUUGGCACUCCUUUCACAUCUAUCAUAUCCACCAUAUUCAAUUAUAUGUGAUCAUCGUUCUCACUCUUACGUUUACGAAACCGGUGGUAUCUCAUUCCACUCUCGCGCUUCGGUUACUCCUUUAAUCCCAAUUAAUAAAAUACACAUAACUCUCUCUGAAAUUCAAUCCUCAAUUAUUCCAGAUACAGACAUCCAUUAUGCUCCAACACGCGUAAUCUCUUUGGAAAACACCUUGGAUGGUCUGAUCUUUCCGAUCGAAGAACUCUAUAGGAUCUCAGAAUUUGCAAGAAACAGAGGUCUAAGAAUACAUUUGGAUGGUGCACGAUUAUGGAAUGCAAGUGCUGAGACAGGAAUUGAGAUGAAACAAUACGGGAAAUUAUUCGAUUCUAUGAGUUUGUGCUUUUCAAAAGGUUUAGGCGCACCAAUUGGGAGUAUCAUAGUUGGUAAUAUGGAAUUUGUAAAGAGGGCAAGGCAUUUGAGGAAAUUAUUCGGUGGUGGAUGGCAUCAAUCAGGUCCACUAGCCGCGGCGGCGAAAUUCGCACUCGAAACAAAUUAUCCAAAUAAACUAAAGGAAACGCAUAUUUUAGCACGUGAACUUGCAUCAGGACUUUCGAAACUUGGCAUCCGGAUCGUGAAUCCCGUUCAUACUAAUAUGGUAUUUAUUGAUACGAGUACGACGAAAAUUAGUAGUACCGAUGUUUUGGCGGAAAAGUUGGAAGAACAUGGGAUCAAAAUUUUUGGAGAUGCAUCUACAAUGGCGAGAUUAGUAGUGCAUUAUCAGAUUGAGAAAAAGGCAAUUGAAAGACUCAUUAAUGUUGUUGGUGAAAUUUGUUAG